AUGAGCGCGCGCUGCGCGUCCAACCUCGCCGCCGCCGCGCGGCGGCGCGCGCCUCCCUCCCGCCGCCGCGCCCUCCGCGCGCUCCGCGCCUCCCGUGCCACCGCGAAAGCCGCCGCCGCGGACGACGACGACGACGACGACGCGGCCCUCACCUACGCGGACGUCGCGCCGAGACCGCCGUCGUCGUCCGUCGGCGGCAUCGGCAGCCGCCUCGACGUCUCGCGCGCGUUCACCGCGGACAUCGACCCCGCGCUCACCGCCGCCACCCCACAAGGCCGCUCCCUCCUCGACUACGUCCGCCUCCCCGCGGAGGAGUACAACGUCCUGGACGCGGACAACGUUCGACCGACGGGCGACGGCGCGUUCACGGUGCGCGCGGGCGUUCAGAAGAUCUUAUUCUUAGAGGUGGAGCCCGUGGGCGUGCUGCGCAUCGUCCCCACGACGAACGGGUGCGAUCAGAUCUUAGAGGGCGCGGUGAUGAACGACGCGAAGGCGGCGAGGAGAGGCACGCCGCCGAACGCGAUCAUCGCGAGCAUGAACGCUUCCCUGCGAGACUUGAAGAUGCGGAAUCGGAUAUCCGCGGUGCCGUCCCCGAGCUCGAGCGGCGGCGGCGGCGGCGGCGGCGGCGGCGCGGAGGCGAUCAAGUGCCAGAUCGACGUCGCCGGGACGUUCACGGAGGGCCCGUUCGCGGCCGCGGGCGGCGAUCGCCUCAACGGGCUGUUAUCCUGGUGCCUGGGCGCGGUCAUGCCGUGGUUCUUAGGGCAGCUCGCGCUCGACUACGGCGACUGGAGCGCGGGGAAGCCGCGCGGGCGGCGGAGCGUCGACGUCGGCGCCGUCGCGGGGGAGAUCAUCGGCGGCGCGAGGCGGGGGACGCUGCCGCCGGGGGUGCGCGAGGUCGAGACGGAGGCGUCGAUGUUGUGA